AUGGCCACAAACAAAGCUGGCUCCUCACUCUACAGCUAUACCGUUGCGCCUCACCUAGCCGCCGAAUAUGACGUCCCCUUCACCGACUUUGCGCUUGCACACCCCCAAUACAAAUUCUUCAUCAUAGCAGGCUUCAUAUUCACAAACCGCUCUCAUGCCCAGCAUCUGCCGGCCUCUGCAUCAGACUCCGCCGCCAUGAAACACAUCUCCUCCUCGAUGUCCGGGGCCGAAAAAACUUCACACUUAAUGCUGAUUAUCCAACGCGCCUUUGACGAUUCUUUUGGUGGAUACUGGGAUUUCCCCGGUGGCUCACUCGACCCCGAGGAUCAAACUCUUCUGGAUGGUGUGGCGCGUGAGGUUUUUGAGGAGACGGGCUUACAUGUGAGCAAGAUCCGCGACAUAGCCCGGAUCGAUGAAUGGAUUGAGCCCAAAAGCUUGGGGUUGGUCGGUAAAUUCAGUUUUGUGGUUGAUGUCCAUGAAGCUGCCGAUACGAUGGAAUGGGAGGAGAAAAUAAAGUUGGAUCCGAGAGAGCAUGUAAAGUGGUUGUGGGUGGGUGAGGAGGAGAUUGAGAAGAGCGCGAGAUUGAGAAAGCAGCGGGGUGCGCCGUAUGAGUUUGUGGGUGUGCAGGGGGAGACGGCGUUGGAGGGGUUCAAGGUGUAUUUAAGACUUGAGGGGAGGGCAAGGUAA